ACUUCUUCUUCCUCAAUCUUUCAAGCAAAUAAUGAACCCCCUUUUAUUUAAUUAAUUUAUUAUUUAAUUAAUGACAUACUCUUUCUCUCUCUCCUUCAGUACGCUUAAUCCAGCUGCAUUAGUGAAUAGUUAAGGAGUUAAUUACAUUAAUCUCUUACUAAUCUUAAAUGCAGCUUUAAGUUUCAGCACCUUCAAAUAUUGCGAUAGUUGCUGGAUUUACACUUCUGUUAUCUUUCGGUGCGUUGUACUUGUUUUUUCUUACUUGAGAUUGGCAUUUCUUCUGGGUCUAAUUUUCUAGAUUUUAGCUUCAUUUUUUUUUUUUUUUUAUACAUAAUAAAUAAUAAUUUCAUACACAUUGUAUUUUUUUUUUCAACUUUGACACAUAAUUUUUGUUGAAGACUUCAGUUUCUUUCCUGGGUGGAUUGUCAUUAUUGUUGUGGAAAUUCAAAAGGUAUUUUUUUUUAAAAAUCAAAAAUUAAAGUGGGUUGUUGGGAAUUCUGUUGAUAUUAAUCUUCCAAAAUUGGGAGAUUUAGAUCCCAAAUUGGAACUGGGUAUUGUGGCGUGGAAGUUUCAUACAGUAGUAGUAAAAGUUAAGAGCCCAUUAAUAGAUAAAUAGUACGGAGUACAGUUUUAUUGAAUUAUCAUUAUUAAUACUAAAUUAAAUCUCGAUUGUCUUGUUGUGAGUUACAUAUAUUCAUGCAUGUUUGCCAACAUCUGGCAAAUUAAUAGCAGAAAUUUGAAGAUAAGUGCUGGAAAUUAGUUUUAUGGGUGCCAAAUGUUGUCCUUUUUAUGGGUUUUAAAUUUUCUGGGUUCAUAUUUUUGAGGACCUUUUAAAUUUUAGGGUUAUAAUUUUGCAGCAAUUUUUGAGGUGGGUUAUAAUUAAUACCUGGAUCUGGGUUGUUUUUAUUUUAGGAAAGUGGGGAUUGGUAGUUGGGAUUAUUUGAUAAGAAGUCACAAAAUUCAUAAGUUUUAAUCACAAGAAAGGUGCUUAGAGUCCUGAGUCACCAACUGGGUUGUUUGCUUAAUCCACUAAUUUUAUCCAGUUUUUGGGUCUAUAAAAGGGGGAAAAAGCAGAGAGAGAAAAUAGUGAGAGGAAUUAAGCCUUAGAGAGAGAAAGGCAAAAGAACACCAUUGUUGUCUGUCUGAAAAUGGGACACUCUGCAGCAGUUUGGGAUUACAGAGCUGCUCAUGAACUUACUACUGACUGGAAUGGUAAUCCUCUUGUUGUUCUUAGGAAUCCUCAAGGAGCUUCUGCCAGGAUAAGUUUGCAUGGUGGACAAGUUAUGUCAUGGAAAAAUCAACAUGGGGAAGAACUCUUGUUUACCAGCAGCAAGGCCAUCUUUAAGCCACCAAAAGCUAUGAGAGGAGGAAUUCCAAUCUGUUUCCCUCAGUUCGGAAACUGUGGAUUGCUUGAACAACAUGGGUUUGCCAGGAACAAAGUCUGGACAAUUGAUGAAAUUCCCCCUCCUCUGCCACCAAAUGAUUCUAAUGGGAAAUCCUUUGUUGAUUUGAUUCUUAAACCAUCUUCAGAAGAACUCAAAUUCUGGCCUCACAGCUUCGAGUAUCGUCUGAGGGCUUCUCUUGGGUCCAACGGGCAAUUGUCAUUAAUAUCUCGCAUAAGGAACGUGAACGGAAAGCCAUUUACUUUCUCAUUCGCCUACCACACUUAUAUGUCAGUUUCUGAUAUCAGUGAAGUCAGGGUAGAAGGAUUGGAAACGCUUGACUAUCUUGACAACCUUUUUCAAAGAGAACGCUAUACUGAACAAGGAGAUGCUUUGACAUUUGAAUCGGAGGUGGAUCGGGUAUACCUGAGUUGUCCAAACCCUGUUGCUGUCAUUGAUCAUGGAAAGAAGAGGACGUUUGUGAUCCGAAAGGAUGGCUUACCAGAUGUUGUUGUAUGGAAUCCUUGGGAUAAGAAGUCAAAGGCAAUAGUUGACCUUGGGGACGAGGAGUACAAGCACAUGCUAUGCGUUGACGGAGCAGUUGUCGAGAAUCCCAUCACGCUCAAGCCGGGGGAAGAAUGGAUGGGGCGGCUUGAGAUUUUGGUUGUGGCUUCAAGCUUUUGUAGUGACCAUCUUGAUCUGCAAAAAGUACGUUUCUAAGAAAGCUGAAUUAAUACCUAUAUACACAUAAAUAAAACACUUUGGAAGUGCAAAUGGAUGCAGUUCGAUAUGGUGAUUCCGACUCAACAAUUGUAGUUCAGUAGUUUAAUGUUUCGGUUUAUAUUGUAUGGAAUUUUGAUGUCAACAACGAAAUAGAUAAGAUAAUAGAGAAAGUAUGUAUGCUGAAAUCAUUUUUAAUUUUCAGCAGAAAAUGUAUGUUUGGAAAAAUAUAUGAUGAAUUUAAGGUUUCA